UGGCGAGCACAAGCAGCGGGAAGCGAACACUUGUGUGUCUUCGUGCGUCGGCGCGAAGCACUCUACUUGUUGUUUCGCGAACUAUAAUUGAUGGUAUCUCGAGUAAGGUUGUGUCGGCUUGUUUUCCCCGAAGAAGACAUCACCUGAGUAAUCUUGUGGGUCGUAUAGGAUCGCCUCGGAGAUUCCUGCCAGCUCAAGGGCAGUUGCUGGAACGUGCAACGUGAUCGCUCGCUACAGAUCUUCGACAGAUGGAUUGGCAUAACGUCUGGAUCAGGUAGGGUAGCUACCACGCAUCACAGAUAUUAUCCUUGUGUCGCAUCUUUCGUCUUCGUCGCAGCCUGUGGUGAUUUUUCAUCAACGUUGUUCAUGUCGCCUCCACCAUAUACUGUGGGUUGGGUAUACAACCUCAAGACCAUACCUACUUCGAGUGAUGCGAGAGGCAUCAUCGCUCUUGCAGUAGUGUUCCCUCUGCUGGCCAUCCUGUUCGUGGGGUUCAAGUUCAAGAUUCGGUGGAAGACGAUUGGCUCGGUCGGAGGAGAUGAUAUUGCCCUAGCCAUCAGUUGUGGCCUGAACAUCGGAUACAGUGCAGCAGCAAUUUACCAGACAAAAUGGGGACUCGGACUGAAUGCAGCAGAUUUCCCGCCCGAAAAUGCAGUGCCUUUUAGUCGAACACAAUUCGCAGGGGGGCCACUGUACUGUCUCACUGUCCUAGGAUUCAAACUAUCGCUGCUCAUAUCCUACCUUCGGGUGGCAGGAUUCAACCGCACAUAUGCCACAAUCGUUUGGGUGGUCAUGGGUUCGGUCAUUGUAUGCCAAAUACUGUUCACCAUCUUGCUAUCUGCCGGCUGCCGACCAAUCGCGAAGCAAUGGGACCCGAGCAUACCCGGUACAUGUCUCAAUGCGCUGCCGAUAUAUUUUGCGCUUGGAGGAACAAGUCUAGGAUGGGACUUGAUCAUCAUCAUCUUGCCCUUUCCCAUCUUGCGCAGACUCCAUCUGGAUUGGCAGAGAAAGCAGGUAGCGCUCCUCGCUGUUUUCAGCUUAGGAUUUUUCGUCACUAUCGUCCAAGCAAUCCGGUUGACAAGCAUCGCAAAGCUUGCGACAUACACGGACUCGAAAGGGUCUAUCCAGUGGUCCGCUGUUGAGAUCAACCUUGGAGUUGUCGUAGCAUGCGUGCCGACGUUUGGCCCAUUGGUGAAACGCUGGGGCCAAAAGGUGUCUCGCGGCUCCCGAUCGAAGGUAUCGAAGUUGGCAGGAUCGUCGCGAAGAAAGACCAACGAGACACGCAGUCGUCUUCCUGCAGACAUGAGCCGGAGCUGGAAAGGGCCAACAGUAGCAGAGGACGAGAUCGAGCUGUGGACAUCGACGAAUCGAAUCGUAGGAGGGGCUUCAAGGAUGCAAAGUUCAGCAGCCGCAUCCGAGAAUGACGAUGACGGCAAGCAGAGUGGCUCACAGUCCUUGCACGAGCAGCAGAUUCGAGUGCAGCGCGAUGUCACGGUCCGACUCGACGAGAUUGGAUUGCAGCAUAUCUGACAGUAUGUCGUGAAUGCAGGAAAGAGGCAGGAGUCGCUGUCCGCAAUGACAUGCCGACUGAUUUGUGUCGCUCUUUCUUCGAAUGCUGAGUGUGUGCGGCCGGGCAGGGCGGCGCGGAGCUCGGGAGGCGGCAGCGCGAGCGGAAGCUCUGAAGCCGGAGUCGAGGAAAGGAAGAGGCAACUGCCGUCGACGCUCGUUGAGGUGCACGAGAGUCGGUUGUCGAGGGCCGGAGACAGACGGUGCAAGGCGCAUCACUCAACAGCGACGUGGAGCUCCGGCUGUUGCGACCUGCGACUUGCGGCCAUUUCCCCGGACGGCCUGUCCCGUCUUGCCGAGUCGACGUGGUCAUUCGUCUUCUGCUUCUACUUCCACCCUCUCCCUGUCUGCGCUCGACAUCUCUUUCCGUCAUCGCUUGGGU